UAAUGCCUUUUUGCAUUGAGGUUUGGUUGUUGAAAUCGGCAGGGGACGGAAAUAUCGAAAGAGACAGACAGAGCGACGUCGGAGAAAGAAAGAAAGGAAUGAAUGAAAGAGGGAUGGUAGGAGAAAAAUGAGAAUGGCGUGAAUGUGAGGAGAGAAGAGCCUGAAUAUUAGAAUCGGAUACCCUUAAAGAAGCGGAGAUAGGAGUGUGCGCCUCCAAACCCAAGGGGCUUCGGAGGGGCUCUUCAUCGGAGGCGGUGCUAUAUUCCCCUCCGGAUUCCCCCACCAUGAAGAGCCUCUUCAAGCCCAAGCCCCGCACUCCUUCCGAUAUCGUCAAACAAACGCGAGAUCUUCUUCUCCGUCUCACCUCCCGAGAUGACGAUAACAUGCCCGACUUGACCAAAAACCUCAGGGACUUAAAGUCAAUCCUCUAUGGUAACAGUGAAUCCGAACCCGUCCCCGAAGCUUGUGCACAGCUCACUCAGGAAUUCUUCGCCGACAACACCUUACGCCUCCUUAUCCAAUAUCUUCCCAAACUCAACUUGGAGGCUAGAAAAGAUGCCACUCAGAUUGUUGCAAAUUUACAGAGGCAGCAGGUUCAGUCCAAGCUCAUCGCCUCUGAUUACUUGGAUACUAAUUUGGAUCUUAUGGAUGUCUUGGUAUCUGGAUAUGAAAACACAGACAUGGCUUUACACUACGGUGCAAUGUUGAGGGAGUGCAUAAGACACCAGAUUGUUGCAAAAUAUGUUCUGGACUCACCUCAUAUGAAGAAGUUUUUUGACUACAUUCAGCUUCCAAAUUUUGACAUAGCUGCAGAUGCCGCAGCAACUUUUAAGGAGCUAAUGACAAGGCAUAAAUCUACUGUAGCUGAUUUCCUUAGCAAUUAUUAUGAAUGGUUUUUUGAUGAAUAUAACUCUAAACUGUUGGAAUCUUCCAAUUAUAUUACAAGGCGCCAAGCUGUCAAGUUGCUGGGAGAUAUGUUACUUGAUCGCACAAAUUCAGCAGUAAUGACAAGAUAUGUCAGCUCACGAGACAACUUAAGGAUUUUAAUGAAUCUUCUACGUGAGUCAAGCAAGAGCAUACAGAUAGAAGCAUUUCAUGUUUUCAAGCUGUUUGCUGCUAACCAAAAGAAACCAGCUGAUAUCAUCAGCAUAUUUGUUGCAAACAGAAGCAAGCUUCUUAGACUUUUGGGUGACUUAAAAACCGAUAAAGAGGAUGAACAGUUCGAAGCUGAUAAAGCUCAAGUUAUAAAAGAAAUUGCGGCUCUUGAACCUAGGGACCUCGCUUGAGCUUCAGUUUGUGUCGAGUAACAAGUUGCAUUGUGGCAUUUUACCUUAUUUAAUUGUCUAUUGUUAUAGUUCUUUUAGUCUUCAUCAAGAUGAGACUAACAUUCAACACAAAUUCCAGUGUUUUCUUUCUGAAUUUUCAUUUCGGUUCUGUAAUUCCUAGAUGAAUAAAUUGCUGAAAGAGCUACAUGCAGUGGCAGUAUUCGGCUUUCAUGGUGUUAGAAAGCUUUGCUUGCCUAGCAGUUAGUUUAUAAAUUAUACGAUGCCAAGUUAUAUUCUUACGGUCUACAAUUUGUAUGUCAAAUUUGUUCUAUUACUUCUU